UGAUGCUAGCCUACUGACGUGUCGUAUUUCAGGUCGUGGGCAGAGGAAAAACCAAACACAGCGCCGCUUUUCAUGCAUCUAUCUUUGUCUAACAGGUAUCAGCAACAGGAAGAAUAAUGUCAGAGCCCAAUAAGCAAGAUAUUUCUGCCAUUUUUAAGCGACUACGCUCCGUUCCUACUAACAAGGUUUGCUUUGACUGCUCAGCUAAGAACCCUAGCUGGGCCAGCAUCACCUAUGGUGUGUUCCUAUGUAUAGAUUGCUCUGGGACACACAGGUCUCUGGGGGUGCACCUGUCCUUUAUCAGAUCCACUGAGCUGGAUUUUAAUUGGUCAUGGUUCCAGUUGAGAUGUAUGCAAGUGGGAGGCAAUGCCAAUGCGAUUUCAUUUUUCAAUCAGUAUGGCUGCACAACCAGUGCUGCGAAUGCCAAGUACAACAGCCGAGCCGCACAGCUGUACAGAGAUAAAAUGAAGACUUUAGCCACUCAAGCCACAAGACGUCACGGCACUGAGUUAUGGCUUGACAGUCAGGCUCCUCUCUCACCAACAUCACCACAGGACAAGCAGGUGGAUUUCUUCAGUCUGCAUUCAGAGACUCUUCCUGAAAACAUGGCCAAAAUGACUUUCAGCUCCACCACAUCAGAGAAGUCUUCAACCCUAGAAAAAGAGGAAGACAAAAACGGUAAUCUGGAGGAGGGUCCCAGUGUGGAAAUGCUGAGUGUUUCUCCAAAAGCAAAUCUAGAAACUUCCUCUUUUCUCAAGAAGAAGCCAACUGCCACCAAGAAAACUCUGGGGACUAAGAAAGGUGGUCUGGGCGCUCAGAAGGUUAGCAGUCAGAGUUUCUCAGACCUGGAGAAGAAGGCUCAAGCUGCCGACAAGCUCAGAGAGAAAGAAGACAGCACUACUGGUGCCAUCAAGAAAACUACUCAACCUGAGGAGUCUAUCUCUCCAUCCCUGCGACUGGCCUAUAAAGACCUGGAGCAGGACAGGAAAAGAGAGGAGCAGAAGUUGAAGGGAUUUGAGGGGAACAAAAGGGAGCAAGCUGAGAGACUGGGCAUGGGUCUGGGUAACAGGAGUGGAGUGUCUCACUCAGUGACAUCGGACAUGCACAUCAUCCAGCAGGAGAAUCCACUGGCGCCCAAGACUAAAGGACGUCGUUUCAUUGAGGAUGAGGAUGAUAAGGGGUCCUUUAGCUCCAGGCUCUCGCACCGGUUGGACGAUCAAGCUGAAACCUCCGGGUGGGGUGAUAAAAGCGAUGGAGGAGGCUGGCUGAAGGAGAGCAAGAAACCAGAGCCUGAUUUCUUCUUGAGCUCCACAAUAACAUCACUCGAUGACAGGCCCACAUCCAGGAGGAAACCAGAACCAGUACCAGUGUCAAACACAGGAGAGGCUCGCAAAAAGUUUGGGAACGACGUCAAAGCCAUCUCCUCUGACAUGUACUUUGGGAAACGAGACAACUCUGAGUACGAGGCCAAAACAAGACUGGAGAGAUUUUCUGGGAGCUCCUCCAUAAGUUCAGCAGACCUGUUUGAUGAUCCAAAGAAACAGGCUGCAGGGAGUUCGUAUAGUUUGACCAACGUGCUGCCCAAUGCUCCUGACAUGUCGCAGCUCAAACUUGGGGUGCGCUCAGUCGCAGGAAAGCUCUCCGUCAUGGCCAGCGGCGUAGUUAGCACAAUUCAGGAUCACUACGGUUCCUGAGCGACGACGUGUCUCCUCUUGGAUACAGCGUCAGCAUCAUAAUUUACCCCAAAAUAACCCAGUAUAACAUCUAUAUCUAUUUUUUGUAUUAGAUUAUGUAUAUAAAGCAGUUGUGUGAAUCAAGAUGACCGAAGCACAAUAUUUUCAGUGGAAUUAUGUUUCACUGCAGGCAUCUUGAAGGGAGAUUUCUGUGUAUAGUACAGUCAUGAAGAAUCUUUACCUUGCAUUAUAUUACCUAGUUUGCUUUGAGGUCUUGGGGUGGGGGGGGUUAAAUAUUUAGAAAUGCUGUAUGUAGCCAUCUGAGAAGGGUUCUGCUGUUGUGAAAGAGGGAUUUGCUUUUUGACUCUGUUAGUUGAUGAGGUCAAAACGUAAUCAGCGACGAUAACUCUGCUCUAACUACUUAAAUGAUGAACACACUAUCUCUCAUCACAUGCACUCGGUAGUGUUAGCUUGUGCUCUUUUUUUUCAUUUUUCUUUUAUCUUGCACAUUCCCACCUGUUUAAAAGUGUCCUUUCUGUCCCCAAAGUGCACUUACAUUUUUUCUCCUCCACAGACAGGACCAAAAACUGUUAAUGAGGCUUUAGGGGAUCAGAUACUUUAUCAGAUACACACAUAUUGGCCUCAUUAGCAUAUGAGCUUUAUUAUGCUGCAUGUACUUAUGUUUUUGGGUUUAUUUUGGACCAUAAAUCUGUAGUUAAAAAAAAGACAAGAUGAUAUGGAGCAUAAGCAGCUAAGAAAUACUGGAAUGAAAGCAAUAGUUCAUAUUUUGGGAAAUGUGCUUAUUUGCUAGGAGUUAGAUGAGAAGAUUGAUACUAAUUAUUUUGUGUUAAGACUAGAAAUGUGAGAACUGCUAGUCUACCUGUGUUCAAAGGCAUCAAAUCUGCCCACCGGCUCCUCUGCAGCUCACUUAUUAAGAUGUUAUAUCUUGUUUAUUUAAUCCAUACAAAAGCAGAAGUGUAAUAAUGACCCUUCCACUUUUGCCUGACGAUUUCUUAGCAAGGAAUAGUGAGUGGUAACCUUAGGGGGGCAACAAAACCUUGUGAAGUGACUGCACCAUGCCAACCAUGUGUUGUUUUUAUGGAUUAAACAAUUAAGAUACAACUUGCUAAUUAGUGAGCUUUAUAGGUGCUUGUUGGCAGAUGUCGAUACCUGUGGACAGAGCAAGGCAGGCUGUUUCCCCCCUGUUUCCAGUCUGUAUGCUAAGCUAAGCUAAUCAGCUUUUGGCUGUAGCUUCAUAUGUAUCAGUUCAUAAGUCUCUGCAAGAAAGCGAAUAAGCAAACGUCUCCCUAAAUAUCUGUCCGUUCCUUAAAAAGUAAAAAGACGACAAACCCUUAAGCAAUCAACCUUUAUGAGCACUCAUAGCACUAGAAAGACCCUGCUUGAUGUCCAGUAGGUCAAUUCCACAUUGCGUUAAUUUUUUUCUCUUCUCAAUCCUGUUGCCUGGAAUUAGACACGUUAAAGUUUACGGGCAAUAUAAUUGCCUCAGAUUUAUCGAAUUUAUGAAGGGGUGCGUUUGAUGGUGUUUGGGUUUGAAAUAUGUAGCAGAUUUUUUUGCUGGAAUUUGUGUUUUUGUUAUCUGCGGUGAAUUCCUGGGUUGUCCUGCUCGGUAUAUUAGUAUUAUUUUUAUUAUUUAAUGGCACAAACAGAUUCUUGAAGGCUCGGGUUUCCUGAUGUGGCGUAGCCUCUUCGUAGCUUUCAGGUCCCACUGUGCAGUAACUUGUGUCCACUUUAAAUAUGAAUGUAAAUCUCUUUAAAGCCUAGCUGAAGUAAAAACAUGUUGUUGAUGUGAUAUACUGCCAACGUCCAGGUCAUAUAUUUUAAUUCCCUCAAAUACACACAUAACAGAGGCGUUUAUGGGACACAUAUUGUACUGCAGGUGGUGCUGUACUAUGAUUUUGACAUUUAAAAGCAAUAGGAACAGCUUCAUAUCUGCCCAUGGCUUUCGUAUGAAAUAACUACGGCUUGUGCUUCAGCAUUUAGGUACAUUGCUACUUAGAUAUCCAAUCAUGCACAGUGAAGGAAUUAGUGUUUAUUAAUGCCAAGAUCUUAUACAGGUAAAUUACAUUACUGAGCAAUUUCUGUACUAUUUUGCCUCUCAGGUGUUUAAUUUGUUAAAUAUGAAACACUAAAACUAGGCAAAGUGGACAUUGUAAACCAUUUAAUGACCAAAUAUUUGUUUACUCCUUCACUAUAUGCCUUAGUCCAAAGAUCUCUGAGUCACUCGCCUUAAUAUUUCAAUAUUGUGGAGUCAUGUAAUUACCUUUUUGCACAUAAUUUUGUUAGACAUUGCACGUGGCAGCUUCUGCUUGAAUGUACUGUAUUGCGAUUGAAUCUUUGCCCUUUAAGUUGACAAUGCCUUAUAAUUUAAGUUUGUUAAUCUUUGUAAGAUUGUUUGUGUCUUCUGCUGUCGAUGUGUUUUAAAUAUUGUUAAAUGUUACAUAAAACAAAUGGCAGCCUGUGUAAUUUUGCAUGGCCCUUGUAGUUAUUAGGAUGCGCUAACAGAUCCUGAGUAGAAAAUAGCAAAAUGACUGCUUGGACCCAAACAUAAAGCUGUAAAGUAGGCUGUAAACUGCUACAUAAAACGUUUAUUGUAUAGAGCUUUGGAGUACCAUUUAUAGAAAGUUAAAAAGAAAAAAAGCUACUGAUAAUCAAAUUUUGACAAUUUUUGACACUCAAAAUGUAAGUAAGAUUUUGGAAAACAUGCCAAAUAAAUGGCUUGUGCCGAAACUCC